AUGACCCCCAAAUGUGAUAAGUAUAUUGCAGUCCAGAUGAUGUCCAAGAGCAUUAACAAUAGUACUGCAAACACUCAUACUGUGUCAGAGGUCGCAUGCCUAAAACCUGAGAUCUGUAAUAGGACCGCAUCUAUUAUGAAUCCUGUCGAAAUAUGCAACAAUGCUUGUGGUAUUAUGAUUCUUGUAAUGGCCUUGCUAUUGCAGGUUUUGACUGACCACUGUGGACACUCCAUCCAGAGGUCUGGUGUGAGAGAUAUGAUUGGUGGCACCAACAUGAGUGUCCAGUGUGUUGACUAUAUGCUUGGAGUGAUCCCUGGACUGCAGUGGACAACUGCCUUUGGUUCUAUCAUUAUCCAGACCACAGGUUUCUUUGAACUGCCUUCGGAUGUCACUAUAACUAGUAAUGUAUGGUGUAGAGUGGAUAGCGAUCCACUCCUCUACUAUGAUGGGAAGCAUGGUUAUAUACUUUCUCGCAGUGCCACCUGUGGCACUGCUCCUCCUCCUCCUCCUGCCCUCCUCCCCAUCCAUUCCUGUGAUGCCACUUGUUGGCCCCACUUCCCUUGCCUCCUGUGGAUGGACGACUCUCCUGCUGUUUCAUCUCUGCUAGGGGUCAGUCCCACUUCAUCUGAGUGGCAACUUGCACCCCCCUCUCAUCACUCUCUUGUCAUCGACACCCACCUGCUGGCACCAAUUUCAUCAUUGUGCCAGGCCCCUGCUUCAUCCAGUGGUGUCCCCCCUCUGUGCAGUGUCCUCCCCUUGUCCUAUUGGCGAUGGGGUGCCUCUCUGACCAAUUCUCUUGAGAUCUGUCAUACCCAGCAUGGUAUUGUGAUUCCCACUGAACUCUGUAGUAACAACAUUGUUCCUACAGAUCCUACCAAGUUAUGCCAUAGGAAUGUUUCUACUACUGAUCUCAGUGAAUUCUUCCUUAAGCUCUCGUUUAGCCUGAUCCUGCAAUGUCUGUGCUCCUUCAUAUGA